GAAAAACCUAAAGAAAAUAUCCAAACAUCCUCCAAAAAGUCAAAAAUAUUUGCUGAGACUAUUAUUUCACAGCUAUCGAUUGAUGUAUCGCAACAAGUUGUCAUACCUGAUAUUGAAAAUAAUAUGAUAAUUGAAACCAACCAGCUUGCAAAAGACAAUCCUCAAGAAUUUAUUAACAAAUUUAAUAUUGCACGUCAGCAUGUUUUAAAUAUUCUUAAAUAUUGA